CCGCCCGCCAUGGACGCCGACCUCGUGCAGCGCUGCCUCGAGCCGGCGGCCGCGACCUCCUCCUCCACCACCCCUCCUCCCCUCCCUCCCCCACCUCCGCCUCCGCCUCCGCCGCCGCCGCCUCCUCCAUCCUCCAGUCCCUCCCCCUCCACGUGUCCUUCGACCGCGGCUUCUACCUCCUCGUCAAGGCGAUCCAGGAGCUGCGUGAGCGCAAGGACGGCCUCGUCGUCACCGUCGGCAUCGGCGGGCCAACCGGCUCCGGCAAGACCAGCCUGGCGGAGAAGGUGGCGUCGGUGCUGGGGUGCGUCGUGAUCGUCUCCAUGGAGGACUACCGCACGGUGGCCGGGGCCGACGACGGCAGCGACGUUGACGCCAUCGACUUCGACGCCCUCGCUCGUAACCUCCAGGAUCUUGUAAAGGGUAAAGAUACAUUGAUGCCAUUGGUUGAUUUUCAAGAGAAGAAACGUACAGGAUGGAGGCAACUGAAGAUUUCGCCAUCUGGAGUGGUGAUUGUUGAUGGUGCUUAUGCUCUUCAUUCAACACUGAGGUCACUGCUUGAUAUUCGUGUUGCUGUGAUUAGAAUCGACAACAGCUUUGUCUGCUCAUUCCGAGAACCAUACUACAAGCUUAAAUGCAAAAACGAGUUACCAGAUGGACAUAAUUUGUAUUUUUUUAAUCAAAAUGAAGGAGAAACUGAGAACUUUAUUGAGAUGUACCUUAGGCCACCUUUUGCUUCCGAGGAAAUAAAAAUUGAUGAUUGGAUUAAAGUUAGGCAAUGUGGAAUAAGAUAUUACUUGUCUCUUGGGGAUCAGAGGAUUGUGGACAAAUACUUUAUUAUCCGUCCAAAAGCUGAGUUUGAGGUUGGACGUACAACUCUGGGAGGAUUGUUGGCCUUAGGAUAUAGUGUUGUUGUUAGCUUCAAACGUACAUGCACAUCUGUCAGCAGAGAUCAGUUAUUAAUUGCAGCAGAGACUAUUGACACCCUAAAUGAAACAUUUCUGGUGCUAAAAGGUCCAAGUAGGAAGAUUGUUGCAGCAGAAGCUAGAAAGCUCGGUAUAAAGGGGCCAUGGAUUACGAAGUCAUACCUUGAAAUGAUCCUAGAGAGCAAAGGGGUCCCACGACUUAAUACGCCACCACCAAUCUCAAGGAAAUUACUGACUGAAAGUCAAGAAAAAAAAAUUGUUGCACCAAAGCCAAUUCGUGUUUCGACCGAAAAUGUUGCAAAUUUUGAUGACUUUGCACAACCAUGGACGAGGUCUCCACCCAAAAAGUUUGACCAGGAGCCUGUUAUGGGAAAAUGGCAGUUCAAUCAAGAUUCUUCUUCAGGAAGUAACAUCCAGUUAGCUCCACUGCCAGACUCCUAUGACUUAGAUAGGGGUCUUCUCCUAUCAGUUCAAGCAAUUCAGGCAUUGUUGGAGAACAAAGGAUUUCCUGUCAUUGUUGGGAUUGGUGGCCCUAGUGGAUCAGGCAAGACAAGUUUAGCUCAGAAGAUGGCCAAUAUAAUUGGUUGUGAAGUUAUAAGCUUGGAGAGUUAUUAUAAGCCUGAACAAGUUAGGGAUUAUAAAUAUGAUGAGUAUAGCUCAUUGGAUAUAGGUUUGCUUACUAAGAACAUUAUGGAGAUCAGAAAGAAUCACAAAGCAGAAGUUCCUUGCUUUGACUUUGAGAAGUGCAAAAGAAAGAAAUUCGAGGAGCUUCAAGUCUCUGAGGAAUGUGGAGUGGUAAUCUUCGAAGGUGUCUAUGCUUUGCAUCCUGCUAUAAGGAAAUCACUGGAUUUAUGGAUUGCAGUUGUUGGUGGAGUACAUUCUCAUCUUAUUGCAAGAAUACAGAGAGACAAGAAUCGUGCAGGCUUUUCUAUUUCUCAGAGUGAAAUUAUGACUACCGUGUUUCCGCUAUUUCAGCAAUACAUAGAACCACAUCUUAUCGAUGCUCAUCUUAAGAUUCAAAAUGACUUUGACCCUGUGCUCUCUCCUGAAAGCUCACUUUUCGUACUAAAAAGUAAAAAACAGGUAUCUUAUCAAGACAUAUUGAAAGUACUCGAUGCUAGUAAAGCCUGCAGCUGUGUCCAGAAUUUUACUGAUGUGUAUCUAAGACUUCCUGGCAUACCGUUGAGUGGACAGCUGACAGAAGGCGAGUGUAUUAGGGUCCGAAUAUGUGAAGGAAGAUUUGCACUGUUAAUACGAGAGCCUAUAAGGGAAGGAAAUUUUAUUAUCCAGCCAAAGGUUGAUUUUGACAUUAGUGCCAGCACUGUCGCAGGACUUCUUAAGCUUGGUUACCGAGCUGUGGCAUAUAUUGAAGCUUCUGCAACGAUUUACCAAGAUGGAAAGAUUCUUAUAGAGGUUGAUAGUCUACAAGGUGAGACAAAUCCGUAUCUUCAGAUUAAAGGAACGAACAAGGAAAUAGUUUCCUCUGCUGCAUCUGCACUCAGCUUAGAUGAUUCAUACACGACAAAGAGCUAUCUUCAAAUUAUUCUGGAGAGUUUGCCAGCGGAUGAAAAUGUUCAUACUGGUAUUCAUAACCAACAAGCUGCUAGGCUACAAGAACUUGUUGAGUUUAUCCAGUCACAAGGAGGUAGCUUCAAUUCAGAUUUAUCUUCACCUACAAGAGAAGUUUCUUCUACAGAUAGUGUGCUUGAUGAUGUGCAAUCUAGGUUAAGGAGGCUUGAGAGAUGGAAUACAAUUAAUAUGGUUUUAUGGACUAUAUUACUGUCUGCUCUUGUUGGAUACUCACUCUUCCAGAAAAAGACGACGCUAAGGCGCUGACAAUUCAUACAUUUGACCCCAACUUGACCUCACUAGUGCUGCUUUCAGCACUAAUCCUAAUAAGGACUUUUCGCUCUUUGAUGCGAUGUGAUGAGAAGAAUCCUCUUGAGUUAGCAGGUGGACUGACUUGUUCAAUCAUGCAUACUACAGGUAACCGCAGUUUUAGUUGCAAGUUACUAACGAAAAAGAAAAGAUGUAUAUGAUACAGUUGAAUGUUUGCUACAAAGUCUAUUCUUGGGAGGGUACCGGUUUCUACUGAGCUUUGAUUUGUUGAGUCCCAUGCCACAGUUUUCAGAAUGGACUUGUAUCGAUACGAGUACCACAUGGUUAAUUGGCGAUGGAAAAACAGAUGGGAUAUGUUGCGUCCGUAGGAACCAGGAUCCUCUAA